GCCACGCGCCACCACACCGCCACCACCAUCUCCACCACUACCGCCACCACCCACUACCACAUCACUCGUUAUGGCGACUACCGUGGCUGGUGAUGACGAUGGGCAAGGGCGGGUGUGAGGAGGGCGUUAGAGGAGGCUGGUGGCGGGUGCAGCCCCCGCACCUCACACACUCCCGCUCCUCACCGCUCAUGACAGUGUUGUGUGGUCGCCGCUGUGCCACCCUCACUAGCUGCGUGAGUGUGGCGCCCGUGCCUCACUCUACACUCGUGCACUCUACAUAGUGAGUCCUUGUGUCAAAGGUCGUGAUUCUCCGCCAGAAAUACAUAUUGUUAAACCUCGUUGACACUGUUAUAAUUCUCUUCCAAGGGCAACCAUUGAAUUAUUUGUUUGGUUGAUUAAUUGUUGCGUGGCGACCCGCGUGCCUCAAGACAAGGGUGCAGCUGUGAUAGUGCCUCUACAAGUGUCUGCUUCCCUACAAUGGCUCAAUACUUCCUCUGACACACCACUCACCGCUCGCCUCCACAAUGUGCCCAACUGUGCACACGCACUCUUAUACGCCUCCAGCCCACCACAGUAUGCAGUAAGGGCUAACCGGGUCUGUAAAGGGAUUGGUUGCUCCAACGGGCGCCACAGCGCUCCGCUGAUGCCGCCCAAGCCUUAGCUGGGUGGGGUGGCACUGCGACUCCUGGCACUCUCCCCUAGCAAGAUUGUUGUGACGGCACUGCAAGAUGCUGCUGGCAGCGUCCUAGAGACAGUUCACUGCGGCGACACUGGUGGCAGGACCCUGCACUCUCCUCGCCCCCCCCCCCCCCCCCCAACUGCUCAAGUGCAACCAUCACUUCAACUACCACUUAAACCUCGAGUGCUGCUGCAAAAGUACAUCUGUGGCUGGUGACGUUUGAUUGCAAGUGACACGUUCCGUUACAGGAGUGGAGAACUGUAAAGGUGGAAGUGUCCGCUGUUGUGUGCGGGAAGGUGGCCAGGGGCAGGAUGCCUUGUGGUGACGGAGACCCUGGCGGUGAGGUGAUGGCGAGUGCUCACGUGUGACUAUUAUGUUGGUGGUCGUGGUGCUAGCGCGCGCUCCUCGUGUCUUGUAUGAGUGUAUGACAUUGUAAUAUUUUUUGAAAACUAGGCGUGAGGUAGUAGGCGCUGUGGUAGUGGUGGAGGCGGGGUGUGUGUGCAGGUGUGUGGUUCCAGGGCGGCCCCACGCGGCUGAAGACCACAGGCCGCCCCCACACCUCACCCGCAUCAUCGCGUCUCACGCCAUUCCAGCACCAAGAGCCACGCAGCGAGUGCCAUACAGAGUGCCACAAGCAGUGUCGUGAGUGAUGGCACACAUGUGAAGGACUUGAGCCAAAAUUAAAGCGUAAGUGAAGUUCGAGAGCGGGUCGGGUCGGGGCAAUGAAGAAAAGCAAGUUGUUGAGUCGGCUGCUACGGGGCGGCUCCGGCGGCAGCACCAAGCAGCCCGCGCCUGCUGCCCCCGAGCUGGGGGAAGCGGGGGUGGCGCCCAACCCUGUGGUGGCCGCCCGCGGCACCACCGGCCGCCGCAGGGAGACGGUGGCCGUGAGCACCCCGUCCACCGGCGGGGCCUCCCCAAGAGAGAUAUUCCACCAACAGCAACAGCAGUCUGGAGGGGCGCCACAGAAGGCAGGUGUAGAGAGGUCGUCCUCGUGGAAGUACACGCACGACCACACCCCAGACUCCUUCAGCAUCAACAGCUCCCCGUCCAUCCUGGAUGGGCGCGGCGGGGCGGGGCUGCAGGGGCGGGCCGAGGAGACGCAGAUCAUCGAGAAGAGUCAGAGCUGGAGUGGCGACAGGCUGCUCGACUGUGCCACCGACUCUGGUUCGAGUCGAGGGGGUACGAAUAACAGUAGCCGAGCGGGCAGUGGCAGCCGCACCGGCAGUCGUACCGGCACCAGUAGCCGCUCCUCUCGCGAGCGUGCCCAGGCAGGCGGCCCCGCCAGCCUGCCUGCCAGCAGCCGUGCAGGUAGCCGGGCGGGAAGCCGAGCGGGAAGCCGGGCGGGUAGCGACCGUGGUGACUCCACCCCCAGCAGUGUCUACGACCACCCUGUCGACCAGUCGCCCCGACUGUCCACCCAGACCGACGCCGACGGGUACGAGAACGUGGAGCUGCCGUCGCCGCAGCGGGACAGCGGCGACAACAGCAGCAGCGAGCAAGGCAGCUCCAGCCGGCAACACGGGUCCCGGCUGAGCGUGAAGAGCAGCGGCCGAAGGUCCCGCCGGCCCAGUCCUCGGCGCCAGGGGCUCCUCACCAAGGCCUCUCAGGAGUCCACGGACAGUAGCCGGGCUGCCCGGGGCAGUGUCAGGGGCACCGUCCCCAGCAUUUCUCUCAGCACCUCCAGUCCUGUCCCGCCUCCAAAAGCCUCUGUCAACCGCUCUCCUUCGCGAAAAUCCCGUCGGUCACCGAACAGGUCUCCCAGCCGGCCUCCGAGCCGAUCGCCCAGCCGGUCAGACAGCCGGAGGAGAGACAGCCGCAGGAGCAGCCGGUCUCCCAGCAGGGGUCCAGACGGGUCGCCGGCGCGGGCACCGAGCCGGUCACCGGUGAGGAUGCCCAGCAGACAGUCGCCUGGUGACCCAUGGACGCGCAUGGUGCCCCCUCAGGACCCUGCGCAGGUGCGCUACAACGGCGAGGCACAGCAGGCGUCCGGCCCCAGAAGCAUGUCUUACGAGGAAGGGAGAGUGUCUGGUGGGGCCCGCAGCCCGCAGCCGCCCCUCUGGAAGGCCCGCUCCUGGCAGCAGUACAGUGUGGGACACAGCACGCCGCAGAGUGAGCGCGCUCGCCAGCUGGCCAAGAGUCGGUCGUGGCAGCAGCAGCAGACGACCAUCCUGGGGCACUCGGCCGACGCCGCCAUGGGCCGCCCACGACACCACCACAUCACCCGGCAGGAGGCCGUCCAGGCACACCCGACCGCCGCCAUGGGUUCGCUGGUUGGCCUGACGAGCGACAGUGAAUGCGAGGACAAGAAGAGUUCGGCGUCGUCUACAGGCGCGGGGGAGGUGGGUCGUCCCUUCCCCUCGGCCUCCCCUCAGACCCAGGGCGCCGUGGUCAGCUCCCACGACUACAACAUGGAGCAGAGCAACGUGGCCCUCCUGCGUGCAGAGCUCAAGAUCGUGACCACAGACAGAGAUAUUAUGAAGAAGGAGCUGAAGAAGGUGACACGUGAGAGGGAUGAGGCCCUGGGCAGAUUAGCUGGUGGACUCCACCAUACAGACCAGCCUGCCAACUAUGGUAUGUCUACCAGCCUUGCAUAUUAUGGAACUUUAACAAAGGGUGGUGGAUCUCUCGGUGAUAAAAGCUUGGGCUCCUCCCGAGAUUAUGAGAGUCUUAAAAUGCAGUGUGAGAAAGCUAUGGCAGAAGUACAAGGGCUCCUCAAGCAAAAUAUGGAGAUUACUAGAAAGUAUGAAAAUACAAUGAAAGAAGUAGAUUACUAUAGAAAGCAAGAGCGGGCAGCCUACACAGCUCUGCAGAACUUAAGAAUGCAGUAUGAGGAGGUUGUUGCAGAAAAGCAGAAAUUGGAGCGUGAGGUCACGUCAUUGCAAACAAUAAUGGAAGAUGAUCGAAAAGAGAUAGCUGACCUUCGACGGCAACAGCAGAAGGUUAGAUUCCCGCUCAAAAGACAGGAGGCCAUUACACAGGAGGGCUCAGGAGAGGCCAUCAACCAGCUAUACAUGACCACCAUGCGCAAGUAUGAAGCCAUCAAAGAUGAGUACGAUUCACUCAGAAAGAGGUAUUCAGAAUUAGUUGCUGCACAUUCCAACAACAUCUCCAAAUUGGAACUUACACAGGAGGAAGUAUCUCGUUUGAAGAAACAAUAUGAAGAUGUCUUACGGGAAUGUAAUGAAGCAGUGCGUGAGAAGAAUUGCUUUAAGCAGCAGUGUACCAAAGCUAUUACAGAGUGGGACUCUGCCCUCAGGGAAAAAAACAAAUUGCAAGAAGAAUUGCUCAAGAUUCGAGAGAAGUAUGAUGAGAUGAUGAAGGAGAUGAACACACACCUGAUUCAGAGACAACAUCUUAAUAAGGAUUUAAAAAGAUUACAGGAGGAGAGGAAUGCUGCCAUGCAGGAAUACACACUGGUUAUGAGUGAACGUGACACUGUGCACAAGGAGAUGGAUAAGCUUCAGGAGGAACUAUCUCAGGCCAGUAAAAAGAUCAAGACAAUUGAACAGACCACUAAUGACUCGAGCAAAGAGCGGGAAUCCCUUCUUCUUCAAAUUGAAAUGCUGAAGCGGGAGAUAGCUGCAUCUCUCCACGACCGAGAUAAGGCUAUAAAGGAGUGUAACGACCUGCGAGAACGAUUUGGUGCCAAGGAAGACACAAACAAGGAGUGGGAACGCUCAUAUAUGGGAUAUGACAACUACAAGCAGGAAAGAGAUGUAACCUUGAAGGAAGGACCAGAUAUAGGCUCUAGUGCUCUAGAUAUGUAUUCCAAGGCUCAAAAGGAGCGCCUGGAUAACUUAGAUCAAGCAAAUCAAGAAAUUGAUAGGUUACGAAAAACCAUAGAGAAGCUUCAGAGUGAAUUACAAGAGGCACAACAAGAGGCUGAAGUAUCUAAGCGGCGCCGUGACUGGGCCUUCAGUGAGCGGGACAAAAUUGUUCAAGAGAGAGAAUCCAUCCGAGCUCACUGUGAUGAGCUGCGACGGAAACGUGACCGAGCAGUUUCAGAAUUAGCCAUAGCUCUACGGGACUCGGAUGACAUUAAAAAGCAGCGUAAUGAAACCUCAAAAGAACUGAAAGAACUGAAAGAGAGAUUGGAAGCAGAGCAGGAGAAGGCAGCUGUUGUACGUCAGUUGGCAGCACACAAUCAUUCUCGCGAUUCAGCAAUUGACACUGAUAUGCAAGAAUGGGAAAUAGAGACCCUGCAUUUGCCUAUUGGGGUAGUGUCAGAAUCAGAUGUUGGCUUCGUUGUGGCUGGAGGCCGGGAUGACCCACAUUAUGGGGGCAGUGAUGGAGCAAUUUAUGUGACAAGCAUUGCCAAAGAUGGCCCUUUCGAAGGGAAACUCAGGGUACAUGACCAAAUAGUUAGAUUAAAUGGUAAAGAAUGCCUAGGAGUAGACCGUAGCAGCGUAUAUGCAACUGUGGCUAGUGGUGGUGGAUGGGUCGAGAUGACUGUGAGACGGAGGCGGAGUGGAGGCCGUAGUCUCCACACCGUGCACCUUCACUGUCCACAUACCUCACAUCAUGGACUGACUCUUCACACUGGGGUUUACAUUGCAAAUAUUCUUCCAGGAAGUCCCGCAGCCAGAGAGGGCAAUUUGGCUGUUGGGGAUAGGGUGCUUAAUAUAAAUGGCAAGCCUGUUGAUAAUAUGGGUAGUUGUGAAGAAGCACAAUGUUUGCUAGAUUCAGCAGGGGAAGUUGUGCAGCUUACUACGCUAAAGUCUCAUGGUUCUUCAUCUCUUUCGGCACCACUCAGCUCUUCCUCCAGUGGUCACAAUAUCACUGAAGAUGACAAGUCAACUUCUUCAUCAAGACCUUAUUCUUCACCUACUUCACCUGCUAAAGAUUCUGGGAUUAGUCCAGGCCGAUCAGGAAGCCGAGAGCUUGUGAAGAAACUCAUCCCAGGAUCAGGUGGAUCACAUAAUGAGGACUGCAGUGGUAAAAGAUAUGGAAGUAGUGAGAAGGUGGUGUACAAUGUUACCAAAGCUACUGGUGAAAAAGGUUCUGGCACAGGACCUUUAGACCUCUUCAAAAAUAUGGUGAGACCUAGACGACACAGCAAAGAACGUGGAGAUGGUCGCAGUGAGAGUCGAGACAAAGAUGAAAAGAAGAAGCAUGUCAUUUCUGUGCUUGACCAUGAAGCAGAAAGUGCAAUAGCUCAGUUAGAUUCAGUAAAUAACUCUUAUCAUCAUAAAAGUGGGAGUAAUGGUGGCACAAGUACAACUAAGAGAAGCAAAAAGCGUGACAAGGAGAAGUCAGGAGGAACAUGGCCAAAGUACAGAGGGGGAGGUAUCAGUACUUGGGAUGCAAACUCUGGCAACGUUAUGUACACACAACGUAGAAAAGAGAGACCACCGUUUUCGGUUUUUUUACCAUCUCCAAACGCUUCUCCAUAUUCACAUGAGGAGAAACCUUAUGAGUCAUAUCAUCAUGAAAAGCAUAAGAGCUCCAGAUCAAGUUCGAGCCCACACAGUCAACAAUUUUCUAUAUAUCAAAGUCAUGAUGGUGGUGGAAAAACUUGUUCUUAUAGUAGUGCAAGUCAAGUUUAUGCCAGUCCACAGUCUUCUAGUAAUGUUUAUCCAAGUCAGGAGUUAUACUCCAGUGGUGGACCCCGAAAUCCAUCAGUAGAUAGAAAGAGUGAAGACUCGGAAAGAGACAGAGGAGAUCGUUUGAGCUCUUUCACUCCCUCUGAUACCUCCUUAGACUUCUCUGUAAGAUCGGGAAAUGUCGGAAAGGAAGAGCUAGAGUAUUAUGUGAAGAAGACUAUAAUAAAAAGUCCUCAGAGUGACAGUGAGAGUAAUAUAAGCCCUAUUGAUCCUAAUGCACCUCAGUCUUUAACUGGACUCUCUAGUUAUGGGUCAAGACCAUCUCCUCUUCAUCAUGGCGGAGACCGAACGCCUUCAUAUUCUCGCAUCCAUCAUCCCCAUGCAGGCCUCUAUUCCCCACCCACCCCAGCCCUUAGAUCGCCCCCACCUUUUUCUCCAUCGUCACUCUCCCAUUUCUCAACACACACACACUCAUAUCCACACAGCAUGAUUGUUUCUUCUGCAGUCUCGGUAUCUCCACGUUAUUCAUCUCCACAUUCGUUCCCAAUAAGCCCUUCAAAUUUUCUUCCAUCAUCUAGAAGUGGAGACAGUAUUAUUCAUUUCCCGGGUUCAGAUCGUGAUAGAGAUGUACGAGCCUAUUAUGAAAGUCGACAAGCAUCAUCGCCUACUUCCAUUGGGAUGAUUGGAACAGUUGGCAGUGGAGCUUUGUACCACUCACCAUCACCGUCCUUUGAGCUUCCAGGACAUUAUAAACCACGUACUGUUCAUCUUCAUCCUUAUCGCUCGGCAUCAGAUGAACCACCACCACUACCUCACCAUUCCUGCCCGCCACCUUACCAUAGUUAUCAGCGCUCUGUGGGUACCAUGCCUCGCAAGGAAGAUGAGCGUAUUAGAAUACCAAGUAAUGCGAGUGUAGCUAGUAAAAGCAGUGGAGGCAAGAGCAGUAGUGUAGAAAGGACAUCAGAGCGAGGCUCCCCCAUGCCGACCAGCUACUCGGUUGAGAUAGUUGGUGGUGGUGGUGGUGUAAUAGCAAGCAGAGUGCCCCAACAUGCCACCCAGAUCCCCCACACAGUGCACAGUCCACACUAUCAAGAAUGUCUCUGGCAGAGAAAUAGACCAAACCCAGGAGAUGUAAGAAAUAUAUCAAUUGAGAAGUCUUCAGAAAAACUGGGAAUUCAGAUUCGUUGUCUAGAAAAUGGAGGAGUGUUUGUUUCUUCUGUCACUGUCAACUCUUUGGCAUCACAGGCUGGUCUUUGUAUUGGAGAUCAGCUACUGGAAGUAUGCGGUAUCAACAUGAGGUCUGCCAACAAACAGUCGGCCUCAACAGUGCUCUCCCAGUGUGGCACGUCUGUCUUCAUGCGGGUUCAAUACAACCCUGACAAGUACCAUGAAGCUGAGGGUUGGGAAGGCAGCAGCAAUGGAGGCAGUCUGGAGGGGUCCCGGUCAGGGACUCCAACCCCACGCAACUCACCUAAACCAACUCAACAUGAAACGUCUCACCCUGUUGAUGAUGAUGACCUAUCUCCCUCUACUACCUCUACUUUAAGAGGACCUCUAGACCUCCGUGAAACAUUAGAGCAUUCCCUUGAUCAUUCCUUGCCACCCUCGGCACGAUCUACUCUUACUCGUCCAGAAAUCACUCAUAUCAUGAAUACUCUGAAGAGACAAGAAACAUUUUCCAGACGUAGCGAGAACAGCGGUGGUGGAGGAAGUAUUGGUGGUGGUAGCAGUGGAGGUGGAAGCAACUCGGGAGGCUGUAGUAGUGGAGGCAAUAUGGGUAGUACUAGUUGUGAACCAAGGGUUGUGUAUUUGGAGCUCAACAAGUCUCAUAACUUGGGUAUCCAGAUGGUUGGAGGGAAUGCACUGGGCAUCUUUGUCCAUGCAGUUCCCCCAGAUUCUCCUGCUGCGAAAGCUGGACUCCGACCUGGCGACCACAUCCUGGAAUACAACGGUGUAGAUCUCCGCCAUGCAACAGCAGAACAAGCUGCUUCAGAACUGGCCAAACCUGCUGACAAUGUUAAAAUGUUGGUGCAGUACAAUUACCAAAGGUAUGAAGAAAUUCAAGACCAACCUGGAGACAGUUUUUACAUCCGUGCUUUAUUUGACCGACUGGGGGAUGUGGGGGAUUCUACAGACCUAAGAUUUCGCAAGAAGGACAUCUUGUAUGUAGACAAUACUAUGUUCAACAAUGUUCCGGGCCUGUGGCGUGCUUGGGUUGUGGAUGAAGAUGGACACAAAAGACAGUGUGGAACUGUGCCCAGCAAAGACAAGGUGGAAGAAGAGAUGAGGCUUCAGCGUAGUGUAGGCGAUCUACAGAUGGACUCUAGUCGACGUGGAUCAACUUCAGCCAGACGUUCUUUCUUCAAACGCAAAAAACAUUCCCGGUCAUCUUCCAGGGACUCAAAAGAACUUGCAAGCUUUUCUGAUGCUUCCCUAAAUUCCUACACUGAAACUGCACCCAUGCAUGACGAACCCUCUCCACACUCUUACAUUAGAGUGGAACGACUUGACUAUUUGGUGCGACGUCCUGUGGUGAUGGUAGGACCUCUGUGGGAGCUUGUGUGUGACAAAUUGGUGCAUGAUUAUCCUCAUAAUUUCACGAGAUGUGUGCCAGAAGUGAGCCGACUAUCCAGUGCAGAGAUGGAAGCAGCUGUUCAGAAGAAUAUAAUAGUUGAUUAUAGACGUCGUGGCUCACAUUUUGAGGCAACAACUGUUAGUCAAGUAAAAGAAAUUUGUGACAAGAGUUGUCAUGGCAUUCUGGAUAUCAGUCUUGGUUCUGUAGAGCGUUUACACAGACACAACAUUUACCCAAUAGUAUUGCUGCUCAAGUUCCGACACCAUAAACAAAUUCGGGAAGUUUGUGAUUCGCACCAUCCCGCUGCUGAAAGGAUCUCUCAGAAAGAAGCCAAAGAAAUGUAUGAACUUGCUGCAAAAAUGGAACAAGAAUAUAAGCAUGUCAUUUCAGCUGUUAUUCCUGCUGCUGUCAACAUGCCUUACAUUAGUACACAGGUCAAGUCAUGUGUGGACCAAGAACAGUCUAAAACACUCUGGGUGCCAUCAGGAAGCCUCUGAAAUCUAAAGAUGAACACCAAAAUCAGGUUUAAUGAUACACAGUCAAAAUUAAUCAAAUUUGUAUUAUAUUUGACAUGAUCUGAUUUUGGUGUUUGAAAAUUUUAAGUUUAGGAGGUGGAGUGUGAGUGUCAGUGUUUCCAAGCCAUAUUUACUGCUGCUUUUCCUUACAUUGAGAGUUCCAGAAUUUAAUAUUUUAAUUUGCUCGUGGAAAUAUUUUAUAUUUAAGCUGAAAGAAGAUUUUUUGUUAAUAUAUUUCAUUAUAUUGUUAUUGGACCAAGGUCAAUAAGUACAAAUAUCACCUGAUAUGGUUAUAUUUGAGCUGAUGAUUGUUUUUUAUGAAGUUACAUUGUUUAAAAAUGCAAGUUAUUAAUAAUCUUUUUGAAAAGUUGUCUUAGAUUCAGAGUAUAUCCUAUAAAUAAAGAGCAAGUUUGAGCAAUUUGACAGCCUGAAUGGCAGGUGUCUUCCCACAUACCAAAGAGGCUUUAAGGCAAUGGAGAUGGGCAGGUAGUGUGAAUGAGAAUAAGCUAUGGUGUUACAUGUAGCAUAUUUCUCUGAUAGCAUCUGUUGUCAGUUUGACAAUAUUCCUUCUCACUUGUGCCUUAAUGGAGCUGGUGAGUGGCCUGUGUUUGUUCUAGUAUCAAUAAAUGGGGAGUGGAGGUGUACAUGUUGCUGGCUUGAUGUUGGCCUCUCCUGAUCUCAGGUAAUGACAUUAGGCCUGGUUUUUAUUUAACAUUAAAGGUAGCAUGUCAUUAUAUGACAGUCUACCAGAAGCUUUAUUUUAACAUAAGGAGUCCCCCAUCUACCAGACCUUUAUAAAACACUUCACUAAUUUGGUAAAGCUCAAGCAAAUGUAGUAGUAUUGAACUGCUAAAGAUGCAUCAGCAUUCAAAUUAAAAUGAAGUGUUGUCAGCUGUGAUUUCAUGGUCAUUGGUAUUAGAGAAACCCUCGUGUCUUCCUCGUAGAGUGUUUGACAGUCACAUUUAAGUUACCUAAAAGUGUUUUGGAUGUAUUCACACUCAAGUUCCACUUGAUUUGUAAACUUCCAUUCUGGUGCAUCAAAUAGAAGUUACUUAAUAUAGC